UUUCCAACUCAGGUUAAGUGUUUUCAUAGAGAAAUUUUGUGUUUAUAUUACACUAAAACCACAUGUACAACAAAUACCUCUAUUAAAUAGUUUAAAAUGUAAAAAAAGAAAAGGAAAGUCACACAGUUCUUGAAACCUUUUACCAACAUGUGCUUAUGACCACCUAAACUUGUAGAUUUCUAGGCCCCAAGCCCAUGCCAUUAUAAUCCCAAACUAUAUCCUAUAAAUGAUUUCAAAUAGCAAAGAAUCUAAAGGAUUAACUUUUUCUGGAAUGGAAUAAGAAUUUUGAAAUGAAAUUCAUGCCAUACAUGAAAUAGUGGUCAUUUUAUUAUUAGGGCUCAAAAUACUUCCUGGAGCUGCAGUUUGCUUAAGGAAGUGCAUUCUCAAGCCUGGCGGGGCCCCAGCCCACAAGGCAGACCUACAGCUGAUGGACUGUCUGGGGUCUUGGGCAGCCCGGCUCUGCCCCAUGGCUGAACUGUUGCUGAGCAGGAAUAGUUUGCAGAGGGCUGUUCAGUUCGGAUCUAUUUGCCCAGUGCUCUGGGCCACGAGAAAUUGGGUAAAGAGCCUCUGUGGGAGAAUAACAAUGUAGACGGAAAAGGGGUGUCCUCUGUUGGGAUCCUAAAGGAGACCUACAGGCUGGCUUUGUUACUGUUGACUGGGAAAUCCCUUGUUUUGUGUGUAAAGCUCUGCGCUGUAAUUUGCAUCAAGUGUUGGAAAAGAGUACAUAUAUUUUAAAUCAUUUUCUUUUCUCCCCUUGCAGGAAGUACUCAGAUAUCACACACACACACACACACACACACACACACACACACACACACACACACACAGAAAGAGGAAACAGUUGGAUUGGAACUUAGAAGUCAUGUGACUGAUGACUAAGUUGACUCUUUCCUACUUACUGAAAGGGAAGAAGAGCCUGAGGAUGAGUUGCUGGCUCUCCUUGCAUUUGUAAAGUUUUGGAGCUAUUAAAUCAUGUUCCCACUUAUGCUUUUUUCCACCCUGUUUUCUUCCACGUUGCCUGAACCCAGGGAGCCGUACUGGAUCUGCAACUCCUCUGAUGUGAGCCUUUGGUAUAGCUACUGCGAUAACAUGAAAUAUCCUAUUUCAAUAAGAAGUGAACCCUGUGUAGAAUUGAAGGGAAGCAAAGGAUAUUUGCAUAUUGCCUACAUUCCAAGAAGAGACAUAAAAAAUUUAUAUUUCAAUCUGUAUUUAUCUUUUAACACUGUGAAUUUUCCGAUGCGCAAAGAAGUCAUUUGCCGAGGAUCUGAUGAUGAUUAUUCUUUUUGUAGAGCUCUAAAGGGAGAGACUGUGAAUACAACAGUGCCCUUCUCCUACAGGGGCAUCCUGUUCUCUAAGGGAAAAUACAGAUGUGUUGUGGAAGCCAUCACUGGGAAUACUGAAGAAAUGCUCUUUUGUUUGAAUUUUACCAUCAUACACCAACCUACUUUCAAUUAGAAUAAAUCUAAUGUGCCAGGA